AAAAUACCGUUAUCUGUCUGAAUUAAUUUUAGUGUGCAGAUUAAUGUUACAAGUGAUACUAAGUGCUAGUGAGUUACUUCUAUUUAAGUUUAGCGAUGUAUGAGUUCUAACAAGUGUGAUAAGGACAUGUGGUUCUAUUCCAGUGAUUUUGGGAUCUCAUACAUUCCAUACCGUGCAGAGCUGCUAAGUAUCUUCCCACCAGCAUCACCUGAGGAUGAGAUAAACUGGAUCGCAGCAUCUGACACAUUCCCACGUUUCAUGCAUUUGCUUGCAUUCCGAUCUUUCAGGCACAAUGUGCUGCCUGGUUUGGUAGUCAGCUUGGAUGCCUUCCCUGAGAGUGUGGCGUCAUACUCAAGUUUAUCACUGAUCUCGUACCUGGAAGCUCAUCAUCUGGAGCUGGAAGAACUUUGUCUAAAAAUCAUUGUAAUUUUCCUACGCCACCAGAAGGUCGACAGGAUCACUGUUCCAUUACUUGGUUUUCUGGAUCGUCUGUUUAGCUCAGGCUGCCUUCGUUCUGUCUUGGAAAACCCUCACUCGGAAUUCGCAUCUUGCUUACUGCGUCAAACGGAGUGUGAGAUUGGCAACACUCGUAAUGUGAUCAAACUAUUAAGAAGUGUGGGUGUAUUCUGUCAUUUGCUUCAGGUAAGUCAACCUGGUCCUCUUCUAAUGCUUUUUUCCCUUAUUCUUCAUUUCUGGAAUGGUAAAGUUCACACAUGUCUGUAUGUUCAUGUGAUCACCAUAUUUGUAUUUUAAAAGUACGUUUUUUCUUAUAUUUAAUUAUAAUCUUUGACAUUAGUACUUUUUCUAGUGUUAUGCUUUGAUUGACUUUAAUUUUCUUGAACAUGUU